GACCCUUUGGGUCUAUUUUAUCGGCUUUCGCGUAGCCCUGGAGCAGCUGUUUCGACGCCCCUUUCCGCUCUCCGUUUCCAAAGCAGGUGCUCAUUAAUGAGUGAAGAAUCAAAAGGGGUUGGGACAGUGGCUAAGAAGCAAUGGAGAAUAAAACUUUGGAAACUUCCCCAUCAGACCUAAAGUUAGUGGCCCACCCAAGAGCAAAGAGUAAAGUAUGGAAGUACUUUGGCUUUGAUACCAAUGCAGAGGGAUGUAUAUUACAAUGGAAGAAAAUCUACUGCCGCAUUUGUAUGGCACAGAUUGCAUAUUCAGGAAAUACAUCCAAUCUCUCUUACCAUCUUGAAAAGAAUCAUCCAGAUGAAUUUUGUGAAUUUGUGAAAAGCAACACUGAGCAAAUGAGAGAGGCUUUUGCAACUGCAUUUUCAAAACUGAAGCCUGAAUCAUCUCAGCAGGUUGUUCAGGACAACUUAAUUAUGAAAACAAGUCACAAUUAUGAGAAUAAAAAGCAUCAAGAGCUGACCUCAGCAGUGAUUAGUUUAAUCUGUGAAGGGUUACAUCCUCCAUCUAUUGUCGAUGAACCCACAUUUAAGAGUCUCUUAAGAACAGCUGAUCCCAGGUAUGAACUUCCUUGCAGAAAGUACUUCUGCACGAAAGGAAUUCCUGAAAAAUAUGUUGCUGUUAGAGAGGUUGUGUUAAAAGAAUUGACAGACAUUCCAUGGUGUGGUAUAUCAACUGAUAUAUGGAGCAGUCAUACUCAGAAUAGAUCCUAUGUAACAUUGUCUGUUCAUUUUCUUAGAACUGGUUCUUCUGGCAGCUUGGCUAUUAAUUCUCGUUGCCUAAAAACAUUUGAAGUACCAGAGGAAAACACUGCAGAGACAAUUACAAGAGUCCUGUAUGAGAUAUUCAUUGAAUGGGAAAUUAAUACCAAAGUUUUUGGGGCUACAACAGACAAUGGGAAAGAUGUAGUGAAAGCUUGCUCUCUUUUGGACAUCUCAGUACAGAUGCCAUGCUUAGGUCACACUUUCAAUGUGGGUAUACAGCAAGCUUUUCAGCUUCCUAAAUUGAGUAGUGCUCUAUCUAGAUGUCGAAAACUGGUGGAAUAUUUUCAGCAGUCUGCAGUAGCCAUGUAUAUGUUGAGUGAGAAGCAGCAACAGCAGAAUAGUUUGCAUUGCAUGCUUGUGAGUGAUCGUGUUUCCUGGUGGGGCAGCACACUUGCCAUGCUGCAACGUCUUAAAGAGCAACAGUUUGUUAUUGCUGCAGUACUUGUGGAAGAUAGCAAUAAUCACCACCUGAUGCUGGAAGCUAAUGAAUGGAAUACAAUUGAAGGGCUGGUGGAUUUGCUUCAGCCAUUCAAGCAGGUAGCUGAGAUGAUAUCUUCUUCCAAAUACCCAAGAAUAAGCAUGAUGAAACCUCUUCUUCACAUGCUGUUAAAUACAACAUUAAGUAUAAAAGAAAAUGACUUAAAAGAAAUAAGCAUGGCAAAGGAGGUGAUUGCCAAGGAACUAUCAACAACAUAUCAGCAUAACCCUGAGAUAGACAUGUUUCUCAAUGUUGCAACUUUCUUAGAUCCAAGAUACAAGAAAUUGCCCUUUCUUUCGACUUUUGAAAAACAACAGGUUGAGAACAGAGUGCUGGAGGAAGCAAAAAGUAUCCUGGAAAAAAUAAAAGACAAUACUUCGAGGCCUGAAGAAAAAAUAUUUGUAGUGUCAGAAGAGCCACCCGUGAAAAAAGCGGCAAUUGCUUUCACGCCUCCUCCUACUAGUGCUAUUAAUAAUAUGCUUGCAGAAAUCUUUUGCCAGACGGGGAGUGUUGAAGAUCAAGAGGAGUGGCACGCUCAGGUAAUUGAGGAACUGAGCAAUUUCAAGUCACAGAAAGUCCUUGGGCUCAGUGAAGAUCCCCUCAAGUGGUGGUCUGAUAGACUUGCUUUGUUUCCUGUUUUGCCAAAGGUGCUUCAGAAAUACUGGUGCAUUGUAGCUACAAGGAUCUUUCCAGAGCGUCUUUUUAGUUCUUCAGCCAAUGUUGUUAGUGCUAAAAGAAAUCGGCUAGCUCCAGCUCACGUGGAUGAGCAGGUUUUUCUGUAUGAGAAUACUCAUAGUGGAUCUGAAGCUGAACCUGAUGAAGAGGAUGAAGGAGAGUGGGGAUUGGAACAGGAUCAUAUGAUUAAUUCAAGUAACACAGCAAAUGGGAGCAGCACCGUUUUAAAUAUGCGGGAUAAUGGCCUCAUAUAGAAGCAAUAGACUUUCAGACAAAAGGUCUUAACUUACACUCCCCCCCCCCCCAAAAAAAAACUAUUUUAAAAAUGUACAUAUUGAACAACUUCAACAUGGGUAGGUUUUGUAUGUGGAAUAUGUGAGAGAGUCUGGAUCAUGGUUGUGAUUUGUGAUUCAAGAAGACAAACUGGCAUAAAAGUUAUAAGUAUAGAGUCAGUAAAAGCUACAGAUAUAUUUUAUCAUUGAUUUAGAAAUAGGAUGUAUAAAUAGUAAUUUAUAAACAGUUGGUUGGUCACCUACUAUACAAUCCCUUUAAACAAUAUUUUCAGCAAAUAUAUGACUUAAAGUCAACAUGCAAAAUGUUUUUGAUGUAGAAUUUUUGAUUUUUAAAAGUUUUGAUUUAAGUGUUCACACAUUUAAAUAUUUAAAGCUUUUUAUAGGCCAAAUUAUCAGAGAUUGAUUACGUGAAGGAUUUAAUGUUUAAUAGACAAGUGUUAUUUCUGACAACCAGAUUAUUUCUUUGUUGUUAAGUGUCCUGAAAUAGAAGUGUUAGGAUUUUUAUGUUUAUUUGGUUAUAGUGAAAUCUUGGCACAUGUACUGGAUAUAUUAUGCUACAAUGCAACCAUAGGAACCUGUUUUCUGAUGUAAUUGAAUUUUAAUAUUCUUUUCAGGAGCUCCAUAUUGUGUUUGUGGUAAGGAAUAAUGAUAGAACAUUGUUGUCAUCUGUACUAAAUGUAACCUUUCCAAAAUUCAUAUCACAGCAAAAGAUAUUAAGAUUGCUCUAUCAGCAAAUGAAUAUGAGGUUGAAUUAUAUCACCAUAUUGUUACAAGUCAUUAGUUUUGUAUCUUGUACUAUUACCAAGCAAUCAUUUGCAAAGCUUAGGAGUGCUUUUUCAUUUGUAACUUCAAGAAAACUUCUGUAUAUAAAAUGGCAUCAUGUUUCUAGGCACCAUACCAGAUAUAUCACAUUGAUAUAUCUGCUUUGCUAAUUUAUUCCAUAAAUUCUAAACUUCUGUUGCAUGGGAACAUCUGUGCCAAAUGGUAAUAGUUCUUAUUAUGUCAUACCUGACAUGAAAUUUACCAGCUUCUACUACUAGCUUCUAGAUCAAUAUCUUGGCAUCUCAUGUCACUCAAAUCUGUAGAUUUUUGCUUAUAAAUGUUAAAAUUAAUAUUUUAGACAGUGGUGAGUUCUGGAUCCAGUUGCAACUGGUAUGGUGCAACUGGGCCCGGUGUCCACCACAUAACGCAUGCAGUGCACGCGCAUGCGUACUUACUACUACGACGCUCCGUGAUGCCUCUAUGACUCUCCAGCUGCUCGGUGGAGUGUCGUGCAGGUACCGUGUGCUCUGUGCAUGUGUGCGGAAGCGCCUAAG